AUGAACGCAGUGAAGAGAGAGCUCUUGUGUGUGCUGCUGCUCUGUGGAGCUGUCUUCAGUUCACCCAGCCAGGAAAUCCACAGGCGACUCAGGAGAGGAGCCAGAUCGCACAGAGUGACCUGCAGAGACGAGAAAACACAGAUGACAUACCUGCAACAUGAGUCCUGGCUGCGGCCCCUGCUCAGGGGCAACAGGGUGGAGCACUGCUGGUGCAACGGUGGCUGGGCCCAGUGCCACUCGGUGCCCGUCAACAGUUGCAGCAAACCUCGGUGCUUCAAUAGGGGGACAUGUUGGCAGGCCCUCUAUUCUUCAGAGUUUGUCUGCCAGUGCCCUGAAGGGUUCAUUGGGAAACGCUGUGAAAUAGAUGCCAGCGCCACAUGCUACAAGGACCGGGGCAUCACCUACAGAGGCACGUGGAGCACAGCGGAGAGCGGGGCCGAGUGCGUCAACUGGAACAGCAGCAGCCUGGCCAUGAAGCCCUACAGUGGGCGCAGGCCUGAUGCCAUCAGGCUGGGCCUCGGGAAUCACAACUACUGCAGAAACCCAGACCAAGACUCAAAGCCCUGGUGCUACAUCUUCAAGGCAGGGAAGUACAUCUCCGAGUUCUGCAGCACGCCGGCCUGCGGCAACGGAAAUGGGGACUGCUACCAGGGGAAAGGGCUGGCAUACCGCGGCACCCGCAGCCUCACCACGUCUGGGGCCUCCUGCCUCCCGUGGAGUUCCAUGAUCCUGAUGGGCAAGAUUUACACUGCCUGGAAGAGCAAUGCGCAGGCCCUGGGCCUGGGCAAGCACAAUCACUGCCGGAACCCAGACGGGGACGCCCAGCCUUGGUGCCACGUGCUGAAGGAUCGCCAGCUGACAUGGGAGUAUUGCGACGUGCCCCAGUGUGUCACCUGUGGCCUGAGACAGUACAAGCAGCCCCAGCUCCGCAUCAAAGGAGGCCUCUUCGCGGACAUCACCUCCCACCCGUGGCAGGCCGCCAUCUUCGUCAGGAACAGGAGGUCCUCAGGAGAGCGGUUUCUGUGUGGGGGGGUCCUGAUCAGCUCCUGUUGGGUGCUGUCGGCCGCCCACUGCUUCCAGGAAAGGUAUCCUCCCAACCAUCUCAAGGUGGUCCUGGGUAGGACGUACCGGCUGGUCCCUGGAAAGGAGGAGCAGACGUUUGAAGUAGAAAAAUACAUCGUCCAUAAGGAAUUCGAUGAUGACACUUACAACAAUGACAUAGCGCUGCUGCAGCUGAAAUCGGACUCACUGACCUGCGCCCUGGAGAGCAACGCUGUCCGCACCGUCUGCCUCCCAGACGCCGGCCUGCAGCUGCCGGACUGGACAGAGUGCGAGCUGUCUGGCUACGGGAAGCACGAGGCCUCUUCUCCAUUCUAUUCUGAGCGCCUGAAGGAGGCCCAUGUCAGGCUGUACCCAUCCAGCCGCUGCACUUCCCAGUAUUUGUUUAACAGGACUGUCACCAACAACAUGGUGUGUGCCGGAGACACACGAAGCGGUGGGGACCAAGCAAACCUGCAUGACGCCUGCCAGGGUGACUCGGGUGGCCCCCUGGUGUGUAUGAAGGACAACCACAUGAUCUUGGUCGGCAUCAUCAGCUGGGGCCUCGGCUGUGGCCAGAAGGGCGUUCCGGGCGUGUACACCAAGGUUACUAAUUACCUGGACUGGGUUCGGGACAACACACGACCAUGA